AUGGGAGACGUCCUGGGCCGCGGCGCGUUCGCGACGACGCGGCUGUGCGUGCAGCGCAGCACUGGGGCGCGCUACGCCUGCAAGUCAAUCCUGAAGCGGCGCCUGGUCAGCGACGGCAGCGACGUGAAGCACGAGCUGCAGAUCAUGCUGCACCUGAAAG